AUGGCUUCUCAACCAACCUACCUAACCCUCAACAGCGGUUACAGAAUGCCCCAAGUCGGUUUCGGCACGUUUAUGCUUCAGGGAACGCCCGGCGAAGGAGAAAAUCCUGUUCUUUGCGCGAUUGACGCAGGUUAUCGACUGAUCGAUUGUGCACAUCUAUACGGCAAUGAAGGUGAGGUUGGUAUAGCAGUCAGGAAGCGAAUUGACGAUGGAACUAUUUCUCGAGAGGAUAUUUUUAUAUCAUCCAAAUUAUGGUGCGAUGCACAUCGUCGAAGCGACGUGCGUCCGGCUUGCGAGGAUAGCUUGCGAAGGUUUGGACUGACGUACUUGGAUUUAUAUCUUAUCCACUUUCCGGUGCCUUUAAAGCUACUAAAUAGCUGCUUUACAUUUAUUCCCUUGCUGACAUUCUUUGAGUCAAUACCUGAGCAGGGCAUGGAGGAGCUGGUUGAAGCCGGUCUCGUUAGGUCAAUCGGCGUUUCAAAUUUCAACAGGGACCAACUUGAUCGCAUUCUAGCCGUCUGCAAGAUACCUCCCGCGGUUAACCAAAUUGAAGUCUCAGUGAAUUGGCCAAAUGAAAAAAUGGUCAACUAUACCCAUUCAAAGGAUGCUCCCCCUCUAUUGGAGGAGGAAUUUGUGAAGAAAAUUGCUCUCGCCCACGGGAAGACGCCAGCUCAAGUUCUUCUACGGUAUGCCCUACAACGCGGUCUCGUGGUGCUGAACAAAAGUGUGAACGCGGACAGGAUUAGGACUAACUUCCAGGUGCAAAUCUUCGAUUUCUCCCUGACGGAGGAGGAAAUGGACACCCUAAAGGCAAACAGUCCGAACUGUCGUCUCUUCACAAUGACAGCGUAG